AAGUCAUCCAUUAUAUAACAUCAUUUAUAGCAGAGGAAACGAUAUAACUUGAAAAUAUAUGAAAAAUUGGGAUGAGGACUGUGGCUUUGUUCUCCUUGAUGUUGUACUUACAUCUUGCUCUUUCGACAGCAUCGCCCUCCUCUCAUACAAGCUUCAGUUCUGCUGAAUUGCAGGAAAAAAACCAUACAGAGAAUGUAUUUGUGCAGAACAUAAGAACAGGCCAUGGCGGUGGUGAAGGAGGUAGUGGUCGUGGAGGCAGUGCAGGGGAUGUACAACAGGGAAGACCGCUCAAUGGAGCUGGUAAUGUCAAUAGUCGUAAUCACCAACGCCAUGGAGCAGGUGUCCACACUUCCAACUGCAACUUCAGCAUGCUAAUAGUGUUCAUCAGUCUUUCUCUGGUUUUGUUAUGUUUCUUGUGAGCUUGAAAUAAACAUUAAUGCUCAGCUGUAAACAAAGAAAAGCUGGUCCAUUGGAAGGUUAAAUCUUACAAAAUUCAGCUUCUGUAAUUUAGCAUUUGGCAAGGCAGUGAAAGAAUACGCUUCAAACU